GGUCCGUGCAGUUUGCAGGAAAGCCUCUGACCGAGUUCGACCCAGUUGUGGUUGCCAGUCGCCUGCGGCAGAUAGGGGACCGGUGCAACAUGGAUUUUGAAAAGGUUUCCUCAGAAGCUCUUGCUGAAGUGCUCGAGGGGAAGAUGGAGAAGUUUGGGGCUGCCGUGGACUCUCUCAGCAGGAGCUGGUGUGUCCAGAACCCCGAGCUGGUGUACGAGAGAGCUUUUCUCUCUAUUUCUGUGAAAUUGCUCACGCAUGUUGCUAAGAAAGUCCCAGCUAUGGUGUGUACCAGCCAACUCACAAAAACGAUUAAUGGAAACUUGCAAGUGAGAAGCUACAUUGAGGCCUGUGGUGGAUGGCUCGUCACUGAUGCCCAGCACGUCCCCCCAGACACGCGCAGCGGCUAG